CAGAGCUUGAUUUGGACUUCUGAUGCUACACGUCGGGCUCGGCUCACCGUGGCCUGGUCUAAUGUAUAAUCGACCUUUCAAAGCAGAAUUGUCAUGUCUAUCAACUGCACACACUCAAAAUUUGGUCGCUGUGUGUGUUUUUAGGUGAUUGUACCUGAAAAUUGGGGGACCAACUUUUUGUUAUUUAGAAGUUUGCGUGUUUUGAAUGCACAUUCUUUAUUGUUAGGUGACCUGAAAAACAAGAGGAGAUGCUAAGUAGAUAAGUUAUUCUAUGUUUCGGAGAUCAACUGGUAUGUCACUAUAGCAUGAUUGAUAUGUUUGUUGAUCAUGCCAAAAUUUAUUUUCAAUAACCCAAUUUAUCUAGGGAAACUCCUAAGUUAUUCACAUUUUGGACCCAUUUUCUCGUGGGCCGUGGACCUAGGUAUAUAAGCGCGUUUACAGUUUGUGGUGUGGGAUGGGAGAACACUGAAAGCCGAGCGUGAGAAGACAGAGAAGGGGUUGGGGGAUUGAGACUUGUAAUUUCCUAUUUUUCGCAAAUCUUUCAUUGGAUCUUUAUUGUGGGUGUAGACAGCAAUUACGUAGGGUGUGUGCAUGUUUUAUUUUAUUUUUAACAAGUUUCAAUGCCUUAAAAUGGUUUAGAGGUAUAUAACUUUUAUGUCUCUGCCAUUUGUAAAAGUAUUGUCCAUUGCUUCAAAUAACGGUUAGACAGUUAAAAACUGUAAUCCUUGGGCAAUCCGUUGGUGUUAUUCCGAGUCCAAGGGACAGCCAUAACCUUUUUCCUUCAUAACCAAAUCUCUCAAAUCUUAAAUUCAGUACAAAACCAAAUUCACCAAGAAAACUAAGCAACACAACAACAAUCAAAAUAAUGGCUGAUGAAACUGCCGAAAGGGAACGGCUCUUCAAGCACUUCGACGCCAAUGGCGACGGCAAGAUCUCCGCGGUGGAGCUCGGGGAUGCCCUGAAAGCGCUUGGCUCCGUUUCAGCGGCAGAAAUCAAGGGUAUGAUGGAUGAGAUCGAUACCGACGGUGAUGGGCACAUUUCAUUCCAGGAAUUCACUGAGUUCCACAAGGCGAACAGGGGCUUAAUGAAGGACGUUGCUAAGAUAUUCUAAUCUUCAUUUUCAUUUCAUUCCAUUCAUAUUCAUCCUAGUCACUUUAUAAUUGUUUCACAUACUAGAGUAGCCAUUUUUUUUUUUUUUUUUUCCCGGUUAAAGUGUAAAAGUAUGACCUCUUAAUUCACUUCUACAAAUGUGCUGUUUUUUAUAUUCAAAACAUCAAUUAUAUAUGUUUGUGUUCCUUUGGAAGCUGUUAUGAUCACUCUUUACACAAUAUUGACCAAAAGAUUGAUUUUUUUUUGUUCGUGAUUAUUGUUCAACUAUAGAUCAAUUACUUUCUUAUUUGUUCCAAAAGAUUGAUUAAUGUCCAUUGGUAGUUGUAUCAAAAAUCCCAGAUCAAUCCAUGAAAAAGAAAAGGAAGACAACAAUAAUGGUGCACAAGUUACAAGUUCACUUAUUUUCUAAUGGGGUGGAGCCAAACCCGCCCCAACUCCGCCCGUUGCCAUCCCUACGUACAACUCCUUUACGUAUAUACAAUUUCAACACUCAUUUGAGUUCUUGAUUUAACCGUCACUCUCUUUGAGCAAGCAAGAUAGCAGGAAAAAAAAAAAAAAAAAUCAGAUUGUGAAGUGUUUGUGUU